GUUUUGAUGCGCUUCAGGAACGUGGUGCAUGCUCGUAGUUCGCAAAUUGAUUUCAAAAAAUCUUACAAAAAAGCCGAACAGGCCGGAAUUAAAACAUGUCAAGUUGGAAAAAGGCUGCCAAAUCGAACCAGAAGGUUCACCGGGAGCGGGCACAACCAUCGGCCCGAGAACAUCUGGGGUUGCUGGAGAAGAAACAGGACUACAAACGGCGCGCCAAGGAUCAACACGAGAAGGAUGCCACUCUGCGAUUGCUGCGGAAGCGGGCCCUCAAUCGUAAUCCGGACGAGUUCUAUCAUCACAUGAUCAACUCACGGGUGGAACAGGGCGUCCAUCGGGAGCUAGACAAGACAGAUGCGGCCGAUGAGCAUUCGCCAGCUCAGAUCCGGCUAAUGGAAACACAGGAUCUGAAGUAUAUCAACAUGAAACGGACCAUGGAAGCAAACAAGGUGCGCCGAUUACAGGCCAAGCUACACAUGACCGAGGUGGCCGACAAAACUCCCAAUCGGCACAUAUUUUUCGUGGAUGACGAGCGGGAGGCUCGGAAUUUUGAUGUUGCCGAACGUCUAGGAACGCACCCCAGUUUGAUAGGGCGUAAAACCAAUCGACUACGGUUGGAGCAGCUGGAAAAGAUUGAACUGGGCGUUGAUGAUGAUCAGACUAUUAAAGCUAUGAACGAAGAGCGACAGAAAGCGUACACCGAGUUGAAUAAACGGAUCGAACGGGAAAAGGAGCUGACCGUUAUCCAGCAAAAAAUGGAAAUUAAGCGGGCGCUGAAAGAGAAGCGAUCCCGCAAGCCAAAAAAACUACGGAAAGGUACCAAAGACGAGGCACCGGUUUACAAAUUUAAAUACGAAAGGAAGCGAUAGCAAAACGAUAGUUUAGUUUAUUGCUUUAUUUGAUAAACAUGAUUGCAUACAAACUUUGUUAAUAAAUUCAACUGAUUAUAUGAAUGAUAUAAGAGUAAUAUAAACUUGUUUUUCUGGGCAUUAUUAAAAAAUU